AGGCGAGGUGAGCGGCACUUUGCAUUUUAUAACCCGUCAAGCAGUUCUGACUUGUGAGUCUUGAAACAGUAUCUCCUUCUUUCUAUCUCGUUUUUCACAUGACAAUGUCCAACACCUUUGUGCUCCUAUGUCUUCUCUUAACUGCUUCUGUGCUUGUUAAUGGAUCUGUCGAGAAGAAGAUUCGGAUAUAUGAGCUCAAGAAAGGUGAUGUCUCUUUGAAGGUCACUAACUGGGGUGCUUCCAUUUUGUCUCUGGUACUUCCUGAUAAGAACGGAAAGCUGGGCGAUAUUGUUCUUGAAUAUCGUUCAAUCAAGGAUUACACUACAAACACAACAAACUUUGGUGCUACCGUUGGUCGGGUUGCUAAUAGAAUUAGAGGAGCUCAGUUUAAGCUUAAUGGAACAGUUUACAAACUAGUUGCUAAUAGUGGAAACAAUACAAUUCAUGGUGGAGCCAGAGGUUUCGCUGAUGUUAUCUGGAAUGUUGAAAGGUAUCAAAGAGAAGGUGACAAUCCAAGCAUCACCUUCAGCUACCACAGUGUUGAUGGUGAACAAGGAUUUCCUGGCGACCUCAUUGCAACAGCCAGCUACACUCUUCUUGGGAAAAACCAGUUGAGCAUAACUAUGAAGGCAAAAGCCUUAAACAAGGCUACACCAGUGAACCUGGUGAACCACGCGUUUUGGAACUUAGGGAAUCAUAACAGUGGCAAUAUUCUGGGUGAAGUAGUGCAGAUAUUUGGAUCCCAAAUCACAGCUGUGGAUAGCAAAAACAUCCCCACAGGAAAAUUCACAUCAGUGGAAGGAACCCCAUAUGAUUUCCUGGAACCACGCACUGUGGGAAGCAGGAUCAAUCAGUUGGCCAAAGGUUAUGACAUAAAUUACGUGCUUGACGGUGAAAAGGGGAGGAUGAAAUUGGCAGCCAUAGUGCAUGAUAACAAGUCUGGGAGAGUGAUGAAGCUGUUCACAAAUGCCCCAGGUGUGCAGUUUUUUACUGCUAAUAGCCUCAAGGAUGUGAAAGGGAAAGGUGGGUUUGUGUAUCAAGCUCAUGCAGGACUGUGCUUGGAGACUCAAGCCUUUCCUGACGCAGUGAAUCACCCUAAUUUCCCUUCAACAAUUGUGACCCCAGAAAAGCCUUACCAGCAUUACAUGCUUUUCAAGUUUUCCGCGUGACUAGGCUUUUGAACAUUCUCUCCUUCCAUGUGUAGCUUGAGGGUUCAGCUCUUGAUUACUUCACCGAAAUUGUGAUUCUCUGAAUUGAAUAAUAAAAACCUACGUUGUUCCUUAAAUGAAUAAUAAUAAACCUAUGCUGUG